UACACCCGCAAAAUUAUUCUUCAUCAGGAAUUUUAUUGUUUUUAGUUUAAUAUAGUGUUCAUAAAUGAAAAGACUUUAUUAGCCAAGCGCAAGCAGUAACCAUAUAUCAAUCCUAUCGUAAUAUGUUUUGUUCUAAUUAUACGAAAAUUAUUAAUUAUUAUUUAACAUUAAUUAUUAAUUUCUUCCAUUAUUAGUAUACUGUACAGUAUAUAUUUUCCAGCUUUAGAACUCUUUUAAAAAUAUCGAUUGCAGUACCAAGUUGAGUUUAAGAGACCCUUUCAUCUGAGAACAAGAAGAUGAAUAUGAACCGUUCAAUCUGCUACUUCAUUCUAUUGUUUGUUGUGAUUGGUGUGACUACUGUAGAAGGGUAUGGUAGAUACGGAAGUAGAGGUGGAUAUGGAGGAUAUGGAAGUCGUGGAGGUUACGGUGGAUAUAGAGGAGAUAUGGCUGCGGGACUUGAUAAAGAACUCAAAGAUGGAUUUGAAGAAUUUGUUGAAUCUCUUCAUGACUUGGAUGCGCUAGAAUAGAACUCCAACAACCGACCACAUAUGACGUGAUAUGGAACGAACUUACAUUCCCAAAUUUGUUAUCAAAGUUGUUCAUAUCAAUCAAAUAAAUCGGUUAUAAAACAGUCAUCUCA